AUGGCGACAACGUCGUCGCCCAAGGCAAACUGGCGACUCUACUUGGCAGCGGCGUGGAUGUCCCUGGGGGCGAUAUUCUGGGGCUAUGACAUUGGCAUCAUUUCGACCAUCUACGUUGCCCCCGGCUUCAUCUCGUCAUUGCACCAUCCGUCAUCUAGUGAGACGGGAUUGAUCACUGCAAUUUACUAUGCUGGCUCUUGGGCUGGAUACGCUUUCAUUGCGGGUCCUGUCAACGAAAAAUGCGGCCGUCGUUGGACGGGCUUCUGGGGUGUCUCCAUCCUCUGCGUGGGAGCAGCCCUCCAAGCCGGUGCCGUACACCUCUCCAUGAUGAUUAUCGGGCGCAUUAUUGCAGGCCUCGGCACCAGUCUAGUCGCCUGCGCUGUGCCAUUGUACCUCAGCGAGAUAAGCCCUGCCAGGACCCGAGGAGCCUUUGUCGCGUGCAAUCAGAUAGGCAUCGUCGCCGGGAUCAGCGUCGCAUUUUGGAUUGGAUACGGCUUUAGCCACUGGACCACAGGCAGAGGUGUCAACUUGCAGUGGCGUUUGAGCGUUAUUAUGCAGUUUGUCCCUGCAGUGCUCUAUCUUGUGCUGAUUCCGUUCUUUCCUGAGAGCCCUCGUUGGCUGAUGGAGCAGGAUCGAGUCGAAGACGCUGCCAAAGCCCUUGCCGCCCUCCGCGGCCAGUCGUCGAAUGUGGUGGCUAUCCAAUCUGAGCUCGACGAAAUCCACGCCAACAUCCUCUGGCACAAGUCCCACUCGAUCAAAUCCGCACGUGUGCUCUUCACCAACCGGGCCCUAUUCGCACGGCUCUGGCGCGCGUGGACGUUGAAUUUCCUACAGCAGAUGAGCGGCGCCUCGGGGAUCCGGUACUAUUUGCCGUCCAACUUUCGGGCAGCGGGUACAUCGAAGGAACUGAGUCUGCUGGCAAGUGGCAUUGAUGGCACAGUGCAGGUCGCAUGUACGAUUGUUGGGCUGUUGCUGAUUGACCGCAUCGGGAGACGAUGGGCGCUGUCAUCCAGUGCGGCGAUUAUGGCCUUCAGUUUGAUGAUCAACGGCGCCUUGCAGACGGCGUACCCGAACCAGAUCAACAGUGCGGCCAACUACUGCAACAUCUUUUUCAUCUUCUUUUUCACUCUGGGCUACUCGAUUGGCUCGGGUCCGGUGACUUGGAUCUACUCGUCUGAGAUCUUCCCAGCCAACGUGCGUGCCAAAGGUCUCGGGAUCGCCGCGUCAGGCCAAUCCAUCGGCGCCAUCAUCGUCGGCCAAGUCUGGCCCGUCGCCGUGCAGAAUGUCGGGGCCCGCACGUACUUUAUCUUCAUGGCCUUCAACCUCGUGUGCUUGGCGAUCGUGGUGCUCGCGUGCCCCGAGACGGCGAAGAAGUCACUCGAGGAGAUCGAUUCGCAUUUCGGGCGCAUGAAUGUCCUGGACGAGCACGACCUGGUUGCCGACAAGGAUAAGGGCGGGUAUGUUGAGACGGUCGAGGUUGCAGAGACGAUGGCAGGCAAGAAUUGA